AUGCUGCUGGGCCGCCUGAGCCGCUUGCUGAAGCCGGCAUUGCUGUGUGGGGCCUUGGCUGCUCCGGGGCUGGCGGGCACCAUGUGUGCAUCCCGUGAUGACUGGCGCCGCGCGCGCUCCAUACAUGAGUUCUCCGCCAAGGACAUCGACGGGCGCAUGGUGCGCCUGGACAAGUACCGGGGCUUCGUGUGCAUCGUCACCAACGUAGCCUCCCAAUGAGGCAAGACAGAGGUGAACUACACUCAGCUGGUCGACCUGCACGCGCGAUACGCUGAGUGUAGUUUGCGCAUCCUGGCCUUUCCCUGCAACCAGUUUGGGAGGCAGGAGCCAGGGAGUAACGCGAAGAUCAAAGAGUUCGCCGCCAGCUACAAUGUUAAGUUUGAUAUGUACAGCAAGAUCUGCGUGAAUGGCGAAGAUGCACACCCGCUGUGGAAGUGGAUGAAAGUCCAGUCCAAGGGCAGGGGCAUGCUGGGCAACGCCAUCAAGUGGAAUUUCACCAAGUUCCUGGUGGACAAAAAUGGUUGCGUGGUGAAGCGGUACGGUCCCAUGGAAGAGCCCCUGGUGAUCGAGAAGGACCUGCCCUGCUAUCUCUAACUCCCACAAGUGGCCAGUCCUGCCCGAGCCCCCCGCCCAAGUCCCCCAGAGCCUUCCACCCGGCACCAUGACGGCCUGCCUGCAAACCAGUCCACUGGUGAGGCUGGCCCAAGAACCCGCGUGCAGCCCUGCUGGAGGAAGGCCCCCUGGACGCCGGACGCUGGCUCGGCGCCACCAUCAUGGCUGCCUUGUGGGAAUAAAAGAUAGAAAACGCCAAAAAACAAAA